UGGGAAACCUCGAGCUUUACUCGGAAGGGUCUUUUAAAAUUUUACAUUCAGAUAUCGGUUUGAUAUCGCAGAGUAAUGUAUUGUUAGUUAUAAUAAGAUAACAGAAAAAAUGAAUUCAAUACAAAUCUGUUUAGUGGAACUCUUAUUUGUAAUAUAUGUGGCCGAUAAUGUAAAAGCAAUAACAGUGAAACCGUGUCCGACCAACAAGAUAGCUCCACAUCGGCGGACGUCACGUUAUGAUCACGCUCGGACAUUUGGGCACAUUUUUAGUUUAUUUGUACCUGAUGAUGUACAAGGAAAUUACCAGGGGAGUCUUCAAGAAGAACCACAAGCAGACGAUCCUGAGGAUUGUGGCGAAAUAGAGGAUUAUGAUGAAAAUGAUUUGAGCUCAGUUACGCAGAAAAAACAAGAACAAGCGAAUAGACGCUUUUUCGGUCCGUUUAGUUUUAUAAAUGGUCAUUAUAAUAGACCCCCAAGGACCACAACAAUUCGCGCAGAAAAAAAUACUUAUAGCCCGACACGUCCUCCCCCUGGAGGCUAUUUUGGCACCAAUCCGUAUAGACCUCAGAUGCAGUUAAGCCCAUCUGAUUAUUUAAAACCUGUCCAAGAGUAUAGUCAAGAGCCCCAAAUGCACUAUCGACCCGGAUUGGUCGGAGUUCCACUUGGCCAUGUAGUGGGAAUGCAUCAACUGAAACCUACGAGACAUUCGUCUUCAACCACAACACAAAAUAAAGAGCAUCACAAAGUACAAAACUCGCAGAUGCACACAUCGCAUAGGCACCCAAAGGCUAGAAAUGUAAACGAAAAUGGAAUACUACGUUCGUUCGUAGAUUUGUUGUUUUAAUAAAAAUAUAAUUUAAA